AUGGCGAACAAGAAGCCUAACAUCCUUUACAUUAUGGCCGACCAGAUGGCCGCACCCUUGUUGUCCUUGCAUGACAAGGACUCGCCCAUCAAGACCCCUAACUUGGACCGUUUGGCGGCGGGUGGUGUGACUUUUGACUCGGCCUACUGUAAUUCACCGCUGUGUGCUCCUUCUCGCUAUGUGAUGGUGAGCGGCCAGUUGCCCUCGAAGAUUGGUGCUUAUGACAACGCUGCCGAUCUGCCCGCGGACACUCCGACUUAUGCCCACUACCUGCGCCGAGAGGGUUACCACACGGCUCUGGCCGGUAAAAUGCACUUCUGCGGUCCGGACCAGUUGCACGGCUAUGAGCAGCGUCUGACGAGCGAUAUCUACCCCGGUGACUACGGCUGGUCCGUGAACUGGGAUGAGCCGGAAAUCCGCCAGGACUACUACCACAACAUGGCCUCGGUGAUGGAUGCGGGUCCGGUGGUGCGCACAAACCAAUUGGACUUUGACGAGGAGGUUAUCUACAAGUCGCAGCAGUACUUGUACGACCAUGUGCGUCAGCGCACUGACCAGCCCUUCUGUCUGACAGUGUCGAUGACCCAUCCCCACGACCCAUAUGCCAUGACCAAGGAAUUCUGGGACAUGUACGAAGAUGUCGACAUCCCGCUUCCUAAGAACGGCAACAUUCCCGACGACCAGCAGGAUCCCCACUCCCAGCGUGUGAUGAAGUGCAUUGACCUUUGGGGCAAGAAGAUGCCGGAAGACCGCAUUCGUGCUGCCCGCCGCUCCUACUACGCUGCCUGCACUUACGUUGACACCAACAUUGGCAAGCUGCUGAAGGUUUUGGAGAACACUGGUUUGGAUGAGAACACAAUCAUUUGUUUCACUGGUGAUCACGGUGACAUGCUUGGCGAGCGUGGUCUGUGGUACAAGAUGACUUGGUUCGAGAACUCGGCCCGCGUGCCAAUGCUCUUCUACGCCCCCAAGCUGUUCGAGCCCAAGCGCAUCAAGGAGAAUGUUUCUACUAUGGAUAUGCUCCCUACGUUUGUCGAUCUGGUUGGCGCUCCUCUCAUCAAGGAAUUGCCCCUUGACGGUGUUUCUCUGAUGCCUUAUUUGACCGGCGGCGAGGGCCCUCGUACCGACACCGUCUAUGGCGAGUACAUGGGCGAAGGUACCCAAGCUCCUUUGAUCAUGAUCCGCCGUGGCUGCUGGAAGUUCAUCUACUCCACCAUCGACCCGCCCAUGCUGUUCAACGUGGCGGCCGACCCAGAGGAGAAGAUCAACCUGGCAGCUGGCCUCUCUACCCCAUCAACCCCCCGCCCUCCUCUCGCAGUGAAGUCCGCCAAUCCUCUGGGUGUGCCUGCAUCUCUCCCCACGCCCGGCGAAACUCCUCGCGUGUCUCCCAUCCCCCAGCGUGUUGGCGAGAACGCCGGCUACCCCUUCCCCACGCCUACACCCCCACGCACCCCUAGCCCUGCCAAGUUCCAGAGUCUCCCGGACACUACCGACCCCGCCAAGAUGCUCGCCUACUUCACCGAGGAGGUUCACGCACGCUGGGAUCUGGAGAAGAUCCGCCAGGAUGUCCUGACCUCGCAGCGCCGUCGUCGUCUGGUCUACUCCGCUUUGAUCGAGGGUACGCCCCGCAACUGGGAUUGGGAGCCACGUGUCGACCCUAGCACUCAGUACGUGCGUAACCAGGGUAAGGGCAUCCUGGAUGAUGUCGAGCUUAUCUCGCGCUGGCCUCGCGUUUUGCAGCAGGCAGCUAACGAGCACGGCCUUACCGUCUAA